UCAAAACAAGUUUGGUUCGGUCGCAACCGGCAUACAGCGUCUGUCCUGUCCGUCCGUUCUAUUCUGUUGAAUGAGAAAAGAUGUGUGGUGUUGAACAAGUGAAACUCAGUUGGUUUGGUGCGAUUUCGGAUCUGUGUUGUCGAAGUUGUCAAAAUCUGAAAUAAUCUGCUAGCGAACGCGUGUUCAUUGACGUUUCGUAGAGAUACAUCUGAAUUGUCCGGCGAAAUGCGCAAGUGCAGCCGACGAACUCGGUCUACUUGCGGUCAAGGAGGUAGCAGUACUGCCAUUCAACUCUUUUCGAUUUGGCGGACGUAAUUUUCACUCGCAUCUCCUGGGUGAGCCUCAAGUUCGCUCAUCAGUUUCGUUGAGUGCGCGUUGCUCUUAGCUUCAGCCGGGACAUCGUGACCGUAAAAGAUGCGCCAUAGGUGGUGUCGUAUGUUUCUCGGGCUCAUAUGCGUAAACUUUUUCUCGGUGUUUAUUAUGUGGAUAUAUCUCGACAGCAAGUGCCCGUGCUACGAGGCAUCUCGAGAAGGCGGCGACGUCAGAGCCACCGGAGAGGCAGCCCGGCAACAUCAGCGCUCGUUCGCCGCGCCUCAGGGCGAUCACGACUACAGUGCCGGGGGAGCUUUGAAGAUGCGCAACGCGGCUCCCCUCGAUGACAUCUACGACCUGCCGAACUCCCUCGUUACUCUCGUAGUGCGCGAGUUCGAAUUCUAUGAGCACGACCUAGUGGAGACGGUUCGCUCUUUCCACACAGUGUUUCCGCGCAUGCCGAUCGUGCUGUUCGCAGACGACGUGCCGUAUCCGCCUCUGAGGUUUCCCCGGGACGAAUUCGGCCCGAACGUGACCGUCGUCCCACUCUCCAGGGAUCCAGGCCGCUACGCCAACGCUACGCGGUUGGAAAACUACGUUAAGACGGACUUGGUGCUGUUCGUACCCGAUUCCGUGCGCAUGACGCAGCCAGCCAUCGUCACUACCAUGAUCAAACGCAUCUUUAAGAACCCGCGCCUCAUGGUGGCCGUUCGAAUCGCGGGAGAGAUGCGACGUUGCCUGAACCUGGACGUGAACUUGCGCGAGUGGACGCUGGUGUAUCGCAAGGCGCCGCGCACGGCCGAGUCUCAUUGCGAUGCGUUUGGAGGCCGGCAUCUGCUCAUGGUCAAGUCCGAGCUGGUGCUGUCGCUCAGCGAGCCGCUCGUGCGUCCGUUCCCUGAGGCGCUGUACGUACAGACAGCGCUCAGAGACGUGAAGAUUGAAAUCGUCGACAGCCUAGUUGCCCAGAAUGGCCGCACGCUCUUCACAACAGAGCACAAUCGAGAGAAACUGCGUGCAGCCACUGCAAGUCGUCGAUCACAGCUGUACACCAACUUUGGCGUGAAAAAAGUUCACCAGCCCGGUGGGGAAGUCACAUGGCAUGGGUGCAAGCGGGAGACCUCUCGUUGCUUUGGCACUGUGGUAGAUGAGACGCCGGACUACCUGUACAAGGGGCGCUGGACACCACCGUGUUGCCUGGAAAACUUGCGUCGCACAGCCAGGCAUGUCUUUGCCAUACUGGAAAGGUGCAAGACCCGUUAUUGGCUAGAAGGUGGUAGCCUACUCGGUGCUGCUAGAAAUCACGACAUCAUUCCAUGGGACUACGACAUUGACAUUGGUGUGUAUAGCGAUGACGUGCAGCGCUGUGAGUGGCUGCGAAACUCUCAAAAAGGUUCUGUGAUUGAUGCUGAUGGCUAUGUGUGGGAGAAGGCCACAGAGGGAGACUUUGUUCGUGUUCAGUACAGCAGCACUAAUCGAGUGCAUGUGGACAUCUUUCCCUUUUACUCCCGAAACGGUGUCAUGACUAAAGACACGUGGUUCAAGAGCCAUCCGCAAGACAGGGAGUUCCCAGAGCACUUUCUGAAGCCUCUAUCUACUAUCCUCUUUGUAGGAGUGUUUGCAUCAGCACCCAACAACAUCACUCAGUUUCUGGAGCUGAAGUUUGGGAAAGGUGCUGUAGGGAAGCCCGAGUAUCCAAACCCAGCUUUGUUGGCCUAUCCGAAAAGCACUGGUGCUUAGUGCUGGACUAGAGCAAUUGGUAUGUGAAUUCAAAACAUGGUGAUAAUAGUUUCCAUAGCAAUUUGUUGCAACGUUCCUGCUUAAUUAUUGUAGAGCAUAACAUUGUGAAUUUGCAACUUUUUUGUCCUCUUGGAUUCUUGUAGGUUUCAGCAAACUUGGUGCAGUGCUUUACCUUCAUAGGCAUGAUGACAUAAUAUCAAGCAUUUUAUCAAUCUCUGAUUUACUCAUGCCUUGCUCAGAAUUUGUUUUCCUUCUGUGGAACCUUUAGAAUGUUUUGUAAGUCAGCAGCCACUGCAGAGCAAACCUUUUAAAGCAGAAAAUACAUAUUUAAAAGGCUAAUUAAUUAUAAGUAUAGCUGUGGCAUUUCGUCCUCAUUGCUGUCAUUGUGUCAUUAUGCCCUCAUUGCUGUUUUUAAAAAGAAAUAGGCAGUCAUUGACCAUGUGUUAUGAUAUGGCGAUGUGUUGAAAUCUGUGCGAAAUCUACGAUCACAGCUUUGUUCUUCAUUUGCUGCAUCCCUGAUAAUUACACACUCCUUUAAGACUUUUCAUAUGUUCCUGGUUGAUACACAGUUGAAUUUCGUUACUGAAGUCUCAUCCACGUGAAAAUACCUUCGUCAUAUCUGAUAUUUGUUACUCUGGUAUUGGUGAUAAACGUGUUAGAUUUCCUUUGUUAUAUCCAAUAAUUUGGUAUAUGUGGUUGGUACAUCAAGGUUGGACUCUGUGUUUCUGAAGUUGUGCCUUCUUUUUGCCCAGUUUGUUUGUAUGGUAUGGUACAACUAGUACACUUUAUCCAGCUAGAUGGAUCAUCACACAGGCACAGGGUCAUCCUGUUAGGGAGAGUGUUAAUUGCCGCAUACCACACCCCCUACCCCUUUUGUCCUGUUGGUUACAAGAAAAAGUGGUCUCUUUAAUCGUUUUGUGUGUGUCAUAUCUCCGCCACUGACGUUGUAAACACCAUCUGGCGAACAAAGGGGCACACUUGUGCGGAGCGCACGUAACAUAAUCAAACCAGACUGAGAGUUGGGCAGGAACUGAUUUUAAUAAACACAGUCUGAGUAUAUAUAAAGCUCCGUGCACUACAUGGUUGCAUGACUGAUGGAGGUGCACUUCACCAUCCACUUAAAAACUAAAAACAUUGAUUGAGAAUCCUCUAAUUCAGUGUGAAUAGAAGAAGACCUCACUUAAGUGAACUCCAAGCGUUGGUAGUUAUCCCAAGAAACAGCUUGCCCACCCAAAAGCUCAUUCAAGUGAAACAUGAAUGCGUACACUUUCUAAGCACACUGGGACAUUGAAUCUGUUCGCCAAUAUGAAUAGUUUGUUCAAUUGAUGUUCAAGCAAGCGAUAUUUCAUUCUGUUUUACUGUCAUGUUUAGCCAGGUGCUACACACUGGUUGUGUGACCAAAAUGUGUUUUUGGGACCACUUUAUUGCAGGUGAAAAUAGCAGGCAAGACUAUAUUAGUGCAUCACGUAGUAGGUCAGAAGCCAUUCUUGCCUAGCAUUUUUUUUUAUUGUGUUCAGAACUAUGGGUUUAGUCAGUUUAUUGCAUAUUUUUGUCAGACAGGGUUAAUUAUUUUAAGAGAAUGCAUAUCAUUUACUUUUUAUAGCGAACAUUUACCUCAAGUUUUGCAUUUCCAUGAUCAGUACUGUAACCAGAAGCUUUAUCCAAGAAAAACUUUUUUCAGCCUGCUAAUAGCCUGUUUCAAUUUCUCAAGAGGGUGUUACAAAAUUUUAAGAAGAGCUAUGCCACCGAAACAAACUUCAUGGCUAUGCCUGCGGCCAUGAUCAUGUACAGAAAACAGAAGUUCUGAGUUGCAUGUUUUCAGGCACGGCAUUGCAAUUAGACUAGUACAUAAAGCAGCCUUAAUACUCGAUUUGUUGCAGGAUAUUUAAGGAGUACUGACAUGGCAACUUUUAUAUCAUUUUUUUUGCCUUAACUGAAGGUUCAAAUCCUCUAAACCUUGGCAAAAAUAAUGGCAAGUACCAGAGUGGCCUGACUAAUUAAACGCAAUACUUGUUUUUGUGAAGCAGUUUCAGUUUUGAUACUGAGGAGGUGGAUGCGUCAUGAUAUCGUGACACACCGCCUUGCUCGGUUUCCGCGAUCGCUACAGCUGCAAAAUGUGAGCAGAGCCUGGAGGAACACACGCAGCACUCUUCUCCUUAUAUCGGCAAUGCCAUCAUAUUUAACUUUAUUGAUACACAACGUUAGCAAAUUUGCCAUGACAUCCUGUUGAUAUCAGGACUGGCAUUGCGAGAUGACUUUAGCUUGAAGUUAAAAUGUAUCUUCAACCUUCAUACUUGCUAAAUGUGGUCAUUUUGUGCAAGAGGAACGUGUGGUUGAGUAUAUACAACUUUGAAAAUAUGUCAGUACUCCUUUAAGCUUUCAUAUAUUUAUCUACUGAAGGGAAAUGUGAAGCUGGUAUGUUACUCAUCUGGAACUGCACGAAGCCAGUUUUAGCAUGGAUGGAGACCUUAUAAGCCAAAAAUGGGUGAAAAAAAAAAAGGCUGGUGGCGCCAUCUUGAAAUUCUCGCAGAAACUGCCUGUGACAUCAUAAAGUUUGGCAGCGUGUCUUCACUGCUCAUUAAGUCGAAAUCAAUAAACAAAUCUCAAUUCCGAUGGGGGGCCCAAUGCAAAAGCAUUCAUGCACUAAAAUUUGGGUGCUAAAUAAGGAACCCUAGAGGCUCAAAAUUUUGUGACUUUGGGUUUUUUGGAUCGAGCUCUGCAGUUAAUUUGUUUUCACCUUAACGCCUUUACUGCUGUGAUCAGUUUCGAAAAAAUGUUAGUUAAAAAAAAAAAGACAGAGAAAGUCAUUGUGUAUUAUUUUCUUGUCGAAAUUACAAGAAACUGAACACGUACACAUGUGCAAAAAUUGCCAAAAAUUCAUGAGUUCACCUGUCAUCGGCACCAAAGGAUGCUCAUUGUGAUGGCGAUUUAUUUCGUCAGUGGCAGUUAAGGGGUUAAGGGCCCAAAGGCAUUGAAUAAUGGAGGGCCCAAAUACGUGUGAAAGUAGUAACUGUAAAAACACUGUGAAAAAUCAUGAUUAAAAAAAAAGCACUAUGAAGUGCUUAAAGUCAUAAAUACCAAGCAACAAUGGUGUUCCCAGCAGUGAAAACAAAUUGCAUAGAGGAAACACAAAAGGCACAAAAGUAAGGGUAACGAAGAAAAAUGUGUAGUAUAGGUUGGUGCUUCAACUGCAAUGGCAAACAACAAGCAACACAAGGCAUGUUCUGAUGGGGAACACAUAACACAUAAAAAAAGAAAGUUUUGUGUAGAUUGGCUCUAAGUCACAUUUGGUUAGUAAGGUAGAUGUCUACUUUUUUGCAGAAUUUUAUGCGGUCUGUAGACAUCCCAAUGCUGUUUGGUAAGCUCUUCCAAAGGUUUAUAGCAUCUCAAAAAAAUUAGCUUUGCGUAUUAGACGUGGGGCUUCAGAUAUGUGCUAUAGAAAGGUCGUGACUGGUGUGCAAAGGUGUCCUUAAAGGUUGUUUUAGUAGCAGGUUCUGAGUCUUUGGGUUAUAAUAGAAGGCAUGUAAAAGGCAUAGUCCUGAGAUGAUGCGGCAUGAGACGAGGGUUGUUUGUCCUAGUGAUAAAUUUAAUAGUGUGAUACUGAUAUGCUUUGCAUAGUUUGGUGUUAUAAAACGUGCAGUAUGGUUCUGAAUCGUUUAUUAGUCAGUCGUGAAGUAAGGCUGUCAUGGAUGCUAGAUAGAUGAUGCAUACUCCAAUUUCGGUCAACUGAACAUUGUGUAGGCUAGUUCUUCAGGAGAUGCAUAUUUCAGGUUGCGUCUUGGAUAGCUAAGUCUGCUUGGGCACAUGGAUUCUGUGCAGGAUGUCCAUGUUAAAGAUGGGAUUAUGUGCAAGCCAAAGUAUUUGUAUGAUUCUGCACAGUUGUUUAGAACUGAUUUUAUGUGAUAAUUGUUCGGGCUAAUGAGCUUUCUGAUUGAGUUUAAUUGAGUUCAGAUAUAUUGCUGUUACACUUGUUGACCUGCAGAUUUCUGGGAUAUUACAUGUUGUUAAACAUUUAUUUAUUUCUUUUUCAGUAAAGUGUUAUAAGUAAAGAUUUCUAAUUUCCAACAUGGUAGCUUCUGCUCUUUUUUUUUUUUUCGAGAAAAGUUUUCUUUUCUGUAUCCCAUCAGCCAUCAGUUAUAGUAUUUACAUUACUCAGAUAGUACUUGCUCUGUUUAGAUGAGCAGUAUCCCCACAGCACUGUUAAUGCUUCCUGUUACUCGAAUACUCCAAGUUUUCAGUUCAUUUCAUUCUACUGAACUACUGUUGCGUCUUGUGUCAUAGCUGUGAACUUAGCGGAAUUUCUAGCAUUAUGAAUACUUAAAGAAUAAUUUUUGCACUGUCUUUAUACGUGAUAAGGUUAAAAACUUGUGCUCCAUGAUGUGGGCUUGGGGUCACAGACCUUUUACUCGAACUGCAAGUGAUUUUCUGAGCAUUGCUUAUUAUUGCAUUUAAACAAAACUUUGUUUCAUGUCUCUGAUUUAUUUGUUUUUACGUUGCAGAUGCACUUUGUGUGCACUGCGCACCUGUAUUUUUGUUGUACAUAUUUGUGCGUGCAUGUGCCAUUUUUAAUAUUUAAUGACGUUUAAGCAUUUAAGUUCAACUGCAGUGCCAAUUGUGCCCCUGCGCGAACUCUUAAUGCAAAACUUGAGAGUUCUUUUCUAUUAAUAACUUCAUAAUUCAUGUCUCAAUUUUCUGGUCAUAUUGUACAAUGCUCUUAUGUAAGAAAAAAAAAUAUUUACCUUCCUCUGUGAA